CAAAUCGCAAGGGCUCAACAAGCGCGGCGAGUACGAGCCCUACCAGGUCCUGCGCGCCAUCGAGAGGCGCGACAUCAUGCUCCUCAACGACAUCAAGCUGCGCUCGUUCGACCUCCUCGUGUCGGGCCAACCCUUGCCGCUCGUGUACGCCAUGCGCCUCGGCAAGUCGCACCACGACAUGCAGGUCUUCCUCGUCGGCGCCAUGUCGCGACGAGUCAACGACACGACCGACGACGAGCUCGCCAUGAUGGAGCCGGCGACCAAGGCGACCCUGCGCGCCUUGCGAGCCAACCUCAAGAUCGCCAUAUCUGCGAGCCUGUCGAUACCGGACGGCGACACGUCGCUCCUGUCGUCCUUCCUCCAGAUCGUCGUCAUGCUCGAGGGCACCAAGUUCCUCCAGUCGUCGACCCAGACCCUGUCGCUCGCGCUACGCGCCCCGCUCGCGUCCAAGCCGGUCGCGACCGCGCACGGCCUCAUGCACAAGUGGGUCAGCCGCGAGCUCAAGGACAAGCAGGUCGCGAGCGUCGAAGAGUACCUCGCCAACGCGACGGGCGACCUCGUCCUGCUCGGCCUGUGGUCCAUCAUCCAGGACCAGGUGCGCGAGGCCGACGAGGUGCCGCUCUACUUCUUUGCGCGCGACGACCGGAUACAGAAAGCUGUCGAAGAACGCCUGUCUCUCCUCCGCCGCACGGCGCCCUCUGCGCUCGCGCGCCUGUCCAAGCCCAUCCGGGCGCAGCUCGACUCGACGCUCGCCAUCCUCGACCAGCGCAGCCUCAACGGCCGCGAGCGGGUCGAGAAGCUGCGGCGCGCGCUCGACGAGGGCCGAGGACGGGUGCGGGCGACUGAGGCUGGGACCUGGCUCGGCGGCGCGGUCGAGGAGACGACGAGGAGCAGUGGGUCGGGUACAGGAGCAGGCGGCUGCGGCCUCGGUUCGAGGAGGAGAGACUGAAGCAGAAUGUCAAUUUGCAACGAGCACGUUGGCGCGCUUUG